UGCGAACUUCAUCGGCAUUCACCUUUUAGAGACAGCGGGUCGACCGAACUCUUGAACAACGCGUGCAAUCUCGAUAAAAACUUACAGUGAGACUCAGAGAGCUCUUCUGUGUUGGCCGUGCUGCGCUGUACACCCAUGUCAAGACGAAAUAGCAGGACCGCUUCGGUUGCCGUAGGACAAUGCAAUUUGUCAACAGUAGCACGACAACGCCAGUCGCUGGUAGCCAUACUGUUUUUAAUGUCUAUUCUAUCGCUCGCAACAUCUGUAUCUCCACCGGCAUUACCGGUGUCAUCGAAACACUCGACUGAAGUUGGGAACGGCAUCAGCAGUAUUGCAUCUGGCGAAGGAAAGAGUCCAAUCGCUCAACUGACAGGGUACUUGAAGAACUCUAUUACGAGAACGGUAGAUGGCUGUGGGCAGUUGUGGACCAAUCACAAGACCUGCAACACAAUCCGAGCCAAGCUGCAACAUCACCGGGAUGACUUGGCCAAAACACCGCCUUACGCACGAAUGGAACUGAAGGAGCGCAAAAAGGCGCUCAGCGCCGUGGAAGCCGGUAUUGAAUACGAAGAAUACAUGUUCUUGCAAAAGGGCAAAGAAGAUCGGGGGAAGCUGAUGAAUGUUGUAUUUCUCAUGUGGGGAGCGCCACGAUUUUUGCCGUACGCGCUUAUGUUUAAUCCCGAAAUGCUGCCCUCACCCUUUCUUAGUCCAGGCCCCGAAUCAGUUCUAGAAAAGAAAUCACGCCAGAGAUCCACUGCUGUCCUAGAGUGUCUGCUGCAGUUGGAACAACAAGCGAAGGCUGUACCAGCCUUAUCCAAACUCAAUAUCUUUGGUGGAAAGAAACAGCAAGUCAAAAUGAACGCAAUGCAUACUUUCAACGAAAGGGUGGCCUCGUUUUUGAUAUCGUCAUCGUGCCAAGGCCACGAAGGGGCCUCUCGAGUGCUACAAGAGAUUGGUGCUUAUCUUUAUCUACCUGUAGACGAAGAUGCCCCCGAUCGAGGAGACUUUUCCCGAAAGGCAAAGCGUCUCUGCGACGUCCCCCCCACAGUCAUAAAGGGUCUGGGCAGCGCUAUUGGCAACGCCGGCUUCUUCGCGUCCGUGUCUCCCAACUUUCUGAAUCGCGGAAAAAUCCUGGGACACGUCAAAAAAAUUGCAGACGCGGAUCACUUUUUGGUACAGGCUAAUAUCGAUCUCACGACAAUAUCGUGGAGGCUAUUGCAGGAAGCAUGCAGCGACCGGUUGAUCGGAAACGCGGCGUCGACCCCAGACGAAUUGCAAUCAAUGCUGUCGUCCUGGUUGAGGUUAGUUGUUUACGAACCGGCGAAACAUGAUAGUAUGCAUUUUAACAGCAACUUGGCGCGAACCUCACUGAUGGGGUACCACGCAUUGCAAGCCACACGGGAUGGUCGCAGUGACAGUGCUGUCUUACCGCGGCUUUUAUUUGCUGGCGACCGUAAUUCCGUGGUGUCCGGUAAUGGAAUGGUACAGUCCAAUGGAAACGGUAGCGUGUUUCCGAGGGCUAGCUUGCCUCCGAGAGAACCCGAGUCGUUUGUAGAAGGAGAUGGAGGAAAGUCGUCAAAGGGCAACAUUCGUUCGAAACUCAACAUCUUCCGUGGGUUGCAUAAAAGCUAA